AUGAAGGUUCAAGAGUACGAGGACCUUAUUAAUAUUGCACUCGAAAGAGGUGUGAAUAAUCAUGAUGUUGAACUUAGGGAAUUAAAGUCGACAAAGUUACUGUAUCGAAAGACUAGACACACGACAAAUAAGAAACCUUAUUGCAUUACAUUGAUUGAUCCUAUAUCUGAUGUAGCUUUGGUUGAGAUACAAGCUCAAAAAAGUGAUUCGAAAUUGAAGCAAAUAUUAUUGUUUCAGCCACGUGAAGAGAUUCCAUUUGAUAAUACGGGAAAAAUAAAUUUCGAAUAUAAAUUUCUAUGGGAGAACGAAGAAUACUAUUGGCAAAAAUGUAGGGGUCCAAUUUCAGAAGGCCUUGAAUAUAGCCUUGAAUGUAAAAUGGUUCAUGAUCCCAAUCCAAGUAUUGUGAUUGCGCUCUACCAUCAGAAGUUAAAUACGUUGGGUAUUAUGAACAUGGACAGAAUUCCGGCGAAUAAUAAACGCGGAUUGGAGUAUGUGCUUUGUAUCACUUUGCUCUCCCUUUUAGAUGAAUGGGAUGAUAAGUUGCAAUUGAAUGCAAAGAAUUUAGCUAAUAGCGAUAGUAAACAAAAUUCGGUUGCUUAUCCACAACAUAAAAAUGCUAACAAUAUACAACGCAUUUCAUUGGCGCCAAUUCAAUUGAUUCCUAUGAAUAUAUCAGACGUCGAAAAAUCAAUUAACGAAACAGAUUGGAUCGAUACCUGUAAAUUAGAAUUUGGACUCAUUUUCUCACGAAAAAGGAUAAGAAAAGCUAAAGAGAAAAUUUUCAACAUUAUAAAACCACCAUAUAUCAGAUAUAAUGAUACAGGCGCUAAGAAUAAACCUAAUUUUUCUUAUUAUCAAUCAAAAAUAUUUUCUUUCCUAGCGUCCAGUUGUAUAUCUACGGAUUCAGACUCUGUGGAUUCUAUUAAUAAGAUUUUGAACUUGGAGUUUCCGGAUUCUAGUUUAAUAAAAAAUUAUUUUGAUAGUGAACGAAGAAAACCAGCAAUUCAUUUUUGUGUUUAUAACGAACAAUUGAUAAUCGAUAUUUCAAACGAUUGUAUAGAGCCAACAGAAUCUUUUUCAAAAGAAAUGGAAGAUGCUUUAAACAAAUAUAAUCCGUAUCCAGAAUUGGAAGCUCUCUUUAAUAAAUAUGGUUAUUUUUAUGAGACUAAGAUCAUUGUCGGAGCUAAGCUUGAUCAAUUAUUUGAGUUUGAAUCGAGUGACAUUAGUCGUCUUAACUCACAAUGGAGUGAGUUAAAAGAAGUUUAUUAUCCUCAAAAUCCUGAAAAAGAAUGGGGAGUUAUUGAUCGACAGAUCAAGCCGCUAUAUCAGAGUCUUACGCCAUCUCUCAGCGCAAAAGUUGAGCUUCUUCUUGAGGCUAAACCUCGUAUUCUAAUGACCGGAAGUAACCAAGUAAAAAAUUAUAAAUGGAUUAAAUUUUCUAAAGAACUUCAUAAAGCGGAUUUCCAUAUCUUUGGCCGUAUAGUUAAUAAGAAUAAUAGCGAAGAAAUAAAAUUUGUUCCUAAGUUUGAUUAUUAUGAUAUUGGCGGAUUUGGAAUAUCUAUCGAAGGAACAGGAAAUAACCAAGAAUAUGAAAAAGAAUACACAGUCUUUUGGAUAAUGAUUGGCAUACCUAAUGAGGUCAGAUAUUCGGAUCCACUUACUCGCGAUAUAGAAAUAGUGAAAGGCUCGAAAUUAAUAACGAUAAAAGAAGAUAAAUUCAGUUUGAACACAGAACAAAAACUCCAUCCUGGACUCAUAUUAACAAUAUCGUUUAAAUUCCCUGAAUCCAAUUUUAAUCCACUCGUUGAAACUAAGAUUUUAUCUUGGACCAAUCGAGGAAUUAUCAACAUCGAAAUAUUAGACCUUGUACAAGCGGAUUAUGAUCCAUGUGGCAACGAGAAGAAAGUUCUGAAACAACUGCAUGGAAAUUGGCUGGUUAUACUUUAUUAG